GCGUCCCGCGGCGCAUGCGCGGUAGCAGUAGCAGUAGCCUGAGGAAGCGCGCGGGCCGCUGUGGCGGGGGUAGUUGUUGGCUGCGGAGUGUUCCCCUCGCUCCCUCGCGGCCGCCGCCAUGGUGCUGGAGAGCCUGGCCCGCAUCGUCAAGGUCCAGCUGCCCGCGUACCUCAAGCGCCUGCCGCUGCCUGAGAGUGUCGGCGGCUUCAUCCGCCUCACAGUUUCAGAAUGGCUGCGGUUAUUGCCUUUCCUGGGAGUGCUGGCCUUGCUUGGUUACCUCGCUGUUCGUCCAUUCCUCCCCAAGAAGAAACAGCAAAAGGAUAGCUUGAUUAACCUCAAGAUCCAGAAGGAAAAUCCAAAAGUAGUGAAUGAAAUAAACAUUGAAGAUCUGUGCCUCACUAAAGCUUACUGCAGGUGUUGGCGUUCUAAGACGUUCCCUGUCUGUGAUGGCUCCCACAACAAGCACAAUGAAUUAACAGGAGAUAAUGUAGGUCCACUAAUACUUAAGAAGAAAGAAGUAUAGCAGAUGUUUAAUCCACUAGAUCACGGAUGAUAAAAAGUCUUUUUUAUACUGUUGUAGUUGCAAGGGACAGCAUUUUAUUAUGUGAUUGGUAUGAUUUAGUCUGAUUGCUGUAGAUUUCUUUUUGGAAUAAACUGCAUUUAGACAGUGCUAAAUCUGUCACUGUUUUGAUACUUUAUUCUGAGAAGAAUUGCCUGCUUUGUAAAACUGUAAAGUAACUAUCUGUAAAUAAGUCGUUUAUUUCAACAAUAAAAUGACUUCUUACAAUUAAGCCUGUUUUGUAUGAACAUGCAAUUAUAAAACUGGCUAUUUCUGAGUGAUAGAAGUGCACCUGUCUGUUGAUUUUGUUCUGCUGAGAAGCCAUGUUCAUUCUGCUUUUCAGGAACAAAUUUAAGUGCACUUAAGUGGGGGAAAAAAGAUACUAAAUUCAUUUUUUGUGAAUAUAUCGAAGGGUGCCACUGAGGGCAGGCAGCAUAGUGAUGUUAAGUUACACUAGGUGAAGGCCUGGCCUGUGUGGUGCUUAAAUGGGCAGUUUGUUAGUCUCAUGCAAAGCAGCCUGGCUGAGACAAACUCCACACAGCUGGAAAGUCUCAUAUGGCAUCCUAGGUGGAGUGCUGCAGUUCCAGACCAUAUAAACUAAAUUAUUGAGCAGGUCAGCCACUAACAUUAUCCCUUUAUUUUGGGGGCCCUGUGUUGAUCAUUGAUGAGCUCUUGUAAGGAAACAGAAAUUUGCUUCUUGCAAGUUCACAUGCACUGGACCUGCUACUUUUUGUAGCAGGGACUUUCAUGGAAGGAAUUGGUUAAAUGACAGAUCCAAGAAAGCAGAGCUGAGCUGUAUUCUUGGCUUGUUACCCAUUCAGAAUGAUUACUUGGGCAAGUCAGAACUUCGCUGUGGUAUGGCUUAAUUUCAGAUGCAGGUAAAUAAUUGCUACUUAUCUAACUGCUAGACUUCUAAUUAAUUCUUCUGAAGUGCUUUAUUUUCCAAUGAAAUACUGUAUCCAUCAGUUUAAAAAUAAAUAUUUGAUCCGUGCUACAAUUUUAGACAAUUGUACUAAGGCAACUGUUCCUUAACAGCAUUUCAUUUGACCCAUUGUUAGGUAGGUGGGAAGCCCCAGAGCAAUGUGCCAUUGCCAAAGCUGAUCACCACCGUGCUGAAACAGAAAGCAAGUCAGAAAGCAGCUCUCACAUAAUGGCUCUCGCAGCAGCAGUAGAACUAAGGUAGAUCAUUCCUCCUGCAUUCGUAACAGUUGUAGUUCUAAGUACCUAAACCUCUUGCUUUGCAGCAAAAGAUGGCUGGUUAGGAAGUGAUUGUAUGUUAAAUUCCCACUUUUACAAAGUGUGUAAUAGAACAAUGGUACAAUGUUUAAAUGCUUCAUGGUGGUCUUCCCUUAAUGGAUGAGCAAACCAUAAACAUUAUAUUAGGAUAUAACUUUUAUAACUUUUAUAACAGUAAUAUGGAUUUUCCUCUAAGUGUCUUAUAUUCAGUCUUCACUUAUAGAUGCAGUAUAUUGAACACCAAUCCCCAAUUCUUGGGUUUGGUGAAGAAAUUACUAUUGGAAAUGUAAAAGCCUGGCUUUAGAUUUUUUUUUUCCCAGGCUUUAAAAUCCAUAGCCUGUUGUAGCAGGCUGUUAUUAUAUACAAAUCUGUAUGCACUUCCAGCUUUUAUCAGGAUACUUUUGCAUUCAAAUAGUUUGAUUUCCUCUGAAGUCUGAGAACUAAACUAUGUAUGUCAAUCCUGUUCUCAGUUCUGUUGCUCUACUCAAACAAAUCCUGUUAGAGUAACACAGCAAAAUUGGUUUUGUUUCUCCCACAAAGCUCCUUUAAAAGGAGAGCAACAGUGUAAGGCUUAACCUCUUGUCUCCAUCUCUAGCAUGGCUUGAUUAUGUGAUUGAUUUUUUUAUCCCUGCUUGCUGUUAGAUGAGAUUGCUGCUAAACUAUCUACAACUGUGGCUAUGCAACAAACAAGGGUGUGUGUGUUUACUUUUGCUUAUGUCUAUAGGGGAAUGGAACACAGUUGUAGUAUUGGCCUGCAGCAGCAGCACUCAGUCAGAGUUCCUUUGUAGAAAGGACAUUUUAGUAAUUUCCACAAGAUAAUAAAAUUAAGAUCACAAG